AAUGCCAUCAUUUGUUUGCUUCACAUGGGCAACAGGAAAUUUCUUUCACUGCUCUUCUUUUAGGUCUUCCUGUUUGUUUCAUUCAUUCUCGGCCUGCAAAUGUGCUAAGAUAGCUUUUCAGUCUGCAACCUCUGAGGACAAAACUCACAUAGUUUUUGAUCAACUUGCAAGUUUUAUUAACUUCAUUGACCGAAGAAAUUAUUUCUUUCAUAUUUUUAUAGCUGAAAUGGCGCCACUAAAAAAACUUUGAAAUUAGCAGCACAAAUUCCUCAGGUUGCUGUUUGUUGUAGUUUGCUAGCAUUUGGACUAUUCCGGUUUUGUCUAAGUACCAGGGAUCAAAAUUAGACUUUGUUUGUGUCGACUUUUUAUCAGAUAAAGAAAUUAUUUUAAAGUAAGCAAACAAUACGCCUGCCUAGUAUUUUUUUCGGGCGGCCAAGGUCUCCACAUGCAGGAAAGCGGAGAUGCUGGCCUCUCCUCCGACAUGGAGCAUAAGUUCAGUGAUAACUACACUGAACGUGGUCUGAUUCCAGCUGAUAAAAGCAGCUUUGUGACACCCAUUCCUAAGAAGGAACUGGACAACACUGAGCUCCCUGAGCAGAAGAUGUGGUCACACCCAUCAGGGUUUGAACAUGCAGAUUCACAUUCUUUGAAGGCUGGUGAGGUGGUGGUUCCAGAAAACAACACUCCAGCCGCCCCUUCAGAGAACAACCCAGAAGAGGAAACUGCUGAGAUCAUACCCAGUUCAACUGUCAUUGCUCAGGAGGAGUCAGAUGCAGAGGACAGAGGUGGAGAUAACAACAUCAUAGACACCGAGAGGGACACAGGUGGAAAGACAGAAAAACCGGAUGGCCCCAGGCUGGUUCCUCUAGUGGGGAGGAACAGCAGACACCACAGGAAAAGAGCGGGGAGGAUGCGGAAAUUCUACCUGCUAUGUUGGAUGCUGUUCAGCGUUCCUGGCGCGGGGGGCUCUCAUGAAGUUAAGUAUUUUACCUGUGUGGAUAAAGACAGGUGCCAUAACUUAAUGACCAUAUAUGGCCAUAGCGACACUACUUUGUACCAACGAGCUCUCGAUCAAGCAUUUCCAGGGUGCUGCAAAAUCUCUCCACCAGCUCCUCCGACUUGUACUGUUUGCUGUGACCUCAACAACGCCAUCACCAUCACCUGCCCUGAGGGUGUUACACCAAUGGAGGUGGAAGACAGUGAUGGAGAAGUACUGAAAUUAGUGAGCAUUCCUAAACCUGGUGCACAGCAGCCAACCUGUGGCUCUCAUGGGUUGAUUCCCAGCUUUGCCCUGUUUGUGAUCGCAGUGUCAGCAGUGAUCUACAAAAUCUGCAGUCAAGACUGAAACUAGUCAACAGUGAAGAACUCUACACAAUGAAGAUCAAGCCAUACAAAAAAGAAAAUAGCUUUGUAGAGUAUUUUUUAACGGUAGAACUGCUGCUUUAGGGUGAUAAUAAGGCUGUAACGCUACUGCUUCCAUUAUUGACUCAUCUGAUGAUUAUUUUCUUGAUUAAUCGAGGAAUCGUUUGGAUGUCCAAAAUUAUGUGAUCAAAUAUCAGAUUCAUCAACAUUCAACACUCCUUGGACCCCUUUUUUUUCUUGAAAAUGACUUAAACGAUUAAUCGAUUAUCAAAGUUGAUCAGCUAGCUGCUUUUUUGAUGAGCCAGCUCUGCUUGAUAGUUGAGAAGAAAUAUGAUAAUGAUGUGUGAAAUUUCUAAGCUUUACUGCAAAAAAAAAGGGCCUUGUGUAUCUAUCAGCUGCCUUAUUUAAAAGUGCUUCAAAUGA